AUGCCAGGCUGCAUUUUAUGCCACAAAGAGGCAGAAUCAUGUUGUACCUUGUGUUUCUCUCCCCUAUGUGAAGAUCACCUCUUACCCUUGUCUCUACAUAAGCAGCAAUGCUCAGCUAUCCUUCUCAAACGAUUUACUGAAGCUGCUGCUCAAAGGGAGGUCAGUGACAAUGCAUCUCCAAUGUAUCACGAUCUUCAUAAAUUAUAUAUAGAGUGGGAGCAGGCUGCCACCAGGGUCAUGCAGGCCGAUGAUUGCCUCACUAAGAUAGACGCGCUGCUCCAGACACUUUGUCUUAGUAACACCCUAUUUGGAAGUGGUCAUCCUGUGCCACAGGACGCCCUUGUUAGGUUACUUUCUCUUCUAUCAGAAAGAUAUGUAGAUGCCAAGGUGGUCAUUGAAGUGCUUGACAACUUGGCCGAGUAUCCGUUGAAAAUGACGUCGAAAAUAAGGUACCUAUACAACCUUUUCAUUCUAUCGUCCGGGUGUGUGCCCUCUAAUUUAAAGGUCAUAGGCAGUGAUAGAUACCUGACGGUCAAGCGGAACAUAAAUCAAGCGAUUUUUCUUCUCCUAAAUGGUGAAGGGUGUUCAGCUCAGGCUUUGCUAGGAGACUUAUUUCACCGUGACCGUUCACCAAUUGAAACAGUGGUUUUGCGUUAUGCAUGGAGCUGCACUCAAACCAACAACAAAAACCGGCAAACCACUCUUUAUUCGGUAACCGAAAAAGAUCUGGAACAAUCUUUUCCUAGGCAGUGUGAGGAUGGCCAUGUCACUAUCUUUUUCAUGCAACUGCUGCUUUACUUUACAUAUUAUAAUAGCCCAUCCAACUACUCUAGUAAAACAGUGCAUGACAAGAUGGUGCUUGCCAAGUCUAUGUUACGAGAUACGCUGUAUAUGCUGCAAGGUGUUUGCACACUGAGCACUAGCAUGUUGGCUGCUCUCUACAUUCGAAUUCUGGCUGUGCUUGUGGAAACAUCAUCGCUAAAUAGUCUCAUAUAUGAGUACGGCAGAGAAGCCAGCAGAAUCUUCGCGCAGUUUCUGCUACCUCCGAAGGAGUCGUCCGCACCAGACCAAACGGUAGAAGAGCCUGCUGGUUCCUCCGAGCGAGAAUUAGUCAUAGAUGAUCUGGAUAUGACACCGCCUGUACGCAGAAAGAUACAUCACAGGCUGUGCUUCUUCCCCAGCGACUCCCUUCCGCCCAUGCUAAUCACAACAGUACCAAAUAACCCCUGUCUACAGGCAGAGCUAGCCUUCAAUGUGACUAGGACUAUGAAGUCGAUACGUGCCUCAAUCUCUAAACGGCAGAAAGAACGGUCGCUAGCACGACGCGUAGCCUCGUCCUUUGUCGACCAGCGCAUUUUGCCUCUCCAUCACAAGAGCCCAAAGGUGAAAGCAAUCUCCCAGCAUCAAAGUGCACUCAUACCUGCCAGCAAUUUACAAAAAGGAGGAGUGGGUUGUGAAAUGCUUGGUGGAAGCUCAUCCAGGGGAAGAGCGGAGGCAAACCUAAGAGUACACGAAAUCCUUGCAGACAUGAGGCAGGCAUACAGAGAGCGUACUAAGGCUUGCAACCUAUCGGAAAAAAUGACACUUGUAUCUAACGAUAUAGACUUGGACUUCUUAGAACAUAAAUUGUACAGCUCUAGAAUUGAAAGCUUUAUCAAAAGCCCCGGAGACCAAUACAUUGCAACUCUUACUAAGGAAGUACUCUCCCCGUACUCUAAGCAAUCUCUUUGUAAGUUUUCAAAAGAGCUGGCUCGUAGUAGAGAGACAAGAAACCCUGAUAGACUGAUAAGUAGAAAUCUUUGCUCUGUGGAUAUAUCCUCUCCAGAAUCAAAAGAGGCUUUCUCUGAACCACUUAAAACAAUGAAGGGCAGUACAUGGAUUGCAGAGGUAGACGGGUUAUUGGCAGCAACAACUGAUGUUAUCAAUGAGCUCAAUGCUUACGAGAUUGACGAGUUGAAGUCCGGUUGCGCACAGGUUUAG